GCUUAAAAAGCCAACAAACUCCACACCAAGUUGCCACACAGGAGGAACACCGAGUGGAUGUAUCGCAGAUUUAAAGCCAGGAGAAGCUGCAUCAGGUAAAUAAACACAAUGGAGCUGAAGCCUUUAUUAAAGAAGCUGGGCACAGUAGUCCGUGCCAUCUUCACUUUCACCUUUGCUCUGGUGGUCCUGGGCGUGAUGGUGUGGGCCUACGUUGAUGGUUUCCAGCUGGCGACAUCCAUGUAUGGGAUCAUCUCCUUUGGCUUUUAUGGACUGCUCCUCUCACUCCACGUGUUGGUCCAGAGCUUCUUCGCCUUCAUCGAGCACCGGCGAAUGAAAUCUCGCACAAAGCCCUGCUCCUUUACCAAAACCAUCGGCUUCACUAUAUCAGCCUACCAGGAGGACCCUGAGUACCUGAGGGAGUGCCUCAACUCCAUCAGGGCCCUCAAGUAUCCUCCUGAGCUGCUGCGCAUCAUCAUGGUGAUAGACGGGAACUCAGAUGAUGACCGAUACAUGAUGGAAAUGUUCAGGGAGGUGUUUGCAGACCAAGACCCUGGCUGUUAUGUGUGGAAGAACAACUACCAUACAUGGGACCCCACCCAGGCCCAGCAGGAUGUGGAGAUGGCUAUGGGCCCAGGAGGGGAUGCUGAUUAUCCUGUGGGUGAAGAUCCACAGCGAAAAGAGGUAGAGCACCUGAUCCAGAACAGGAGGUGCGUGUGCAUCAUGCAGAAGUGGGGCGGCAAGCGAGAAGUGAUGUACACAGCGUUUAAAGCACUCGGGCCAUCAGUUGACUAUAUACAGGUGUGUGACUCAGACACCAAGCUGGACCCUCUGGCCACGGAGGAGCUGUGUAAAGUGCUGGAGAGUAACCACAAGUAUGGUGCCGUGGGAGGAGAUGUGAUGAUCCUCAACCUAAAAGACUCUUACAUCAGCUUCAUGAGCAGUCUGAGGUACUGGAUGGCUUUCAACAUCGAAAGGUCCUGCCAGUCCUUCUUCAACUGCGUGUCCUGCAUAAGUGGUCCACUGGGUCUGUACAGGAACGACCUGCUGCAGCAGUUUCUGGAGUCCUGGUAUAAUCAGAAGUUUUUGGGAACUCACUGCACAUUUGGGGAUGACAGACAUCUUACCAACCGAAUGCUGAGCAUGGGCUACGCUACAAAAUACACAGCACGCUCCAAAUGCUACACAGAGACACCCGCUCAGUUCCUGCGCUGGCUCAACCAGCAGACCCGCUGGACGAAGUCCUACUUCCGCGAGUGGCUCUACAAUGCAAUGUGGUGGCACAAGCACCACCUCUGGAUGACCUACGAGUCCAUCGUCUCAGGUAUUUUCCCCUUCUUUGUCACCGCCACCAUCAUCCAGCUGUUUUGGACGGGCACGCUGUGGGACAUCCUCUGGAUCCUGUGCUGCAUCCAGCUGAUCGGGCUGGUGAAAGCGGCUUACGCCUGCAUCCUGCGCAGAGACAUGGUGAUGGUGUUUAUGUCUCUGUACUCUGCUUUGUACAUGACCAGCCUGCUGCCUGCCAAGUACUUUGCCAUAAUCACCAUGAACAAGAGCAGCUGGGGGACGUCAGGCAGGCGUAAGAUUGUAGGGAACUACAUGCCCCUCCUGCCUCUGUCAGUGUGGUCGGCCAUUUUAUUAGGUGGGCUUUUUUAUACAAUCUACAAGGAGAGUAAACUGGAUUGGUCUAGCCCAGCUAAUAAUGGAGACCAGGUUUCUUGUCUUUGGCUGCGUAGCAUACAUAUGCUACUGGCUGCUCAUGAUGCUCCUCUACUGGGUGUGGUUCCGCCAGAUAUGUAGGAAACGUUUCCAGAGUUACGCAUUGAAUGUGUAGGUUCGAGAUGUCCAGUGAAGAACUAUUCAAAUUCAAACCAUUGACCUUGUUUUCUUCACUUGGUUUCAUUUAUUUAUUGUGUCUCACAUUUCAGUAACUGAUUGACAUGGUCAGUAUGGAUCCAAUGGAUAAUGUUGAUAUUACCAGAGACUUUUUAACUAAGUAACAAAAAUAUAAAUAAUAUAUAUAAGUACAAAUGUCUGAUUCAUAUGGAGAUGUUGUUGCACAUUGUAAUGAAACUCUACUGAGGGCCUUCAGGCUCACAAACUUCUCAGGUUUCUCUUUGUCGGAUUAUGAUGGGAGAGGUGGCCUUCCAUCAGAUAAUUUAUUCACAGUAUCUAAAGACUGGAAAACUCUGUGUAGAUAACUUUUUAUAUAUAUUUAAGGGUGUGGGCGGUGGACCUUGGUUAAAUAACUUUUAGAAAUAUGACGAUAUGUCCAUGUAUGUGUAUGUAGAUUACUUUAACAACACAAUGAACUCCACUUGCUUGACUGUGUCACCAUUACUUCACCACUGUUGGUAUUGCACUGGAUCCUGGAUGGCACAUUUGCUGCGUUGCAGAGCCACUUGAAAAUCCACUAAAGAAAACUACAGUUAUAGUAUUAUGCAGUGGGGAAAAUGUACAACAGAGAAAAAAUAAACUGCACCUCUAUGGUAAAACUGGACCAUGAUGCUGUGGCCGAGGAUCAAAGAUGGAGUCACUUACUGAAACCUGAAACAAUGGGGACUGAUGUUUCUUCACAUGUUGAAUUUCAUCCAGUUGCUGUAAAGUUACUCUCUUGACAGUAUGGGCGUACUGUGUAAGAUGCACUUUGUGUAAUAUAAUAUUUAAGAGAAAAAGUGGACACAAACAUGUAGUGUUUCAUGUAUAUAUUCUAAGCAAUAUACCUGUUGAAAUGUCUGAAAAUGUGAAAAUUUUGAUGAUUUU